GGUUAUGUUUCUCUUAUGCACAUCCGCAGAUUAUGAAAGUGUUCUCGAGAUUUUUCCUUUUUUUAAAUAAAAUUUAGAAUUCUUGAGAAGAAAAUGUUUAGAAAUAUAGUUGUAGGCAUGUCUGGUGGUGUGGAUAGUGCAGUGGCAGGACUUUUAUUAAAAAAUAAAGGUUUCAAUGUCAAAGCAGUUUUUAUGCAAAAUUGGGACAUUGCAGACGAAACAGGACAAUGCAUCGCUGAAAAAGAUUUUGCAGAUGCCGAAUGGAUUUGCAAAAAAUUAAAAAUUCCUCUUGUUCGAGUCGACUUUGUGAAGGAAUAUUGGAAUGAAGUUUUUAGCGAUCUUAUAGAACAAUAUGAGAAUGGUAUGACACCGAAUCCAGAUAUCCAAUGUAACAGACGGAUAAAAUUCGAUAAAUUCUAUCAUUUCGCACGCAACGAACUUAAAGCAGAUGCAAUAGCUACGGGACACUACGUGCGAACAAGUUUUGGUUCAUACUUGGAAAAUUAUAAAGAAAAUACAAAUGUGAAACUUUUAAAAGGGAAAGAUUUUUCUAAGGACCAAACAUUUUUCUUAUCACAAGUUCCUCAAGAGCCCUUGAGAAAAUGUAUGUUUCCAGUAGGAGAAUAUUUAAAACACGAAGUCAAAAAGAUAGCCGAAGAAGCACAAUUCACUCCUGUCUUAAAUAAAAAGGAAAGCAUGGGAAUUUGUUUCAUCGGCAGUCGAAAUUUUCAGAAAUUUAUAAAGGAGUACAUUCAAAACAAGCCAGGAAAUUUCAUAGACUAUGCUAAAGGUACGAUAGUGGGAAAACAUGAAGGUGUCCAUCAUUGGACUUUAGGGCAAAGAUGUAGACUUAGUGGGAAUUCUGCUCCUUUAAUGAUAUUCUACAAGAAUCUUGAGACGAACGAUAUUUUUGUGGUAGAGGGUUCUAAGCAUCCAGCCUUAUACACAGAUUUAGUAACAACGUCCAAAGCUCAUUGGAUUAAUCAAGAACCUGAUAAAUUAAAAGAUAGUAAAUCUAUCUUCCGUUGUGAUUUUCGAUUCCAACAUGGAAAACCACUGGUACCUUGUUCUAUAUUCAAGACGAAAAGUGAUAAAUUAAUUGUUCGCCUUUCAAAGCCUCUGAGAGCUCUUACUUCAGGCCAGUACGCUGUUUUCUACUUAAAUGACGAAUGCCUAGGGAGUGCUAAAAUUAUACAUCCUGGGCCUUCUUAUUUCUCUUUGAAAAAAGAAGUAACUGAAGCAGAAAGCGAUGGCGAACAGGAACAACGAAUCGCAUCAUCUUCAACGUGAUGUUUUUUAAAUUAUAAUAAAAAUACUGUUAUACAGUAAUGAUUCUUAAAUUGUAUAUAUAUUAGAUGAAGAAAUAAAUUAUUAUUAAAAAU